AGACAAGCUGAAGAAUGCAUGAUACGGGCUAAGUACAGGUUUAACAAUGUGAAGUACUUGUUGGGUCAAAUAUGGCUUCUAGGAGUUCCAAAACAGGCAAAGGAAGGGGGAAAAAAGUCCUAAAUCCAAGCGACGCAAACAACGGACGAAAACGCUACCAUUUGAGACCGGUGUCGCUCGAAUCUCGGUCAAAAUUAGCUGAACUGGCUUCUCAAGAGGAGGAAGACGAUUGGUGUGAUUACUGCUUUAAGAGCACAGCUCGUCAUCGUAAGUACGUCCAUUUACGGUCCAAUAGAGAGUGUGCAACAGCCAGGGAACGUAGUCGAAUGCACAGCCUGAACGAUAGCUUCGAUGAGCUACGUAAAGUUAUUCCCAAGACGAACGAUUCAGGUGAAGAGAAACUCUCGAAGAUAGCUACUCUGAGACUAGCUAUUCAUUAUAUUGGAGCCCUUUCUCGGAUCCUUGGGAAACCGAUUGACCAGCAAGAUUCUUGUGAAACAGACGACGAUGAAGAUGAAACUAAGAAAAAGAAACUAAGAGUCGAGAGAGACGAACACAGCGAAUCACAGUCUUCGCCUGCUGAGAGUUCAAGCCUUCCUACUGACUUCGACUCGGGAAGUUCUCCAGACAGUUUUAUAUUCGAACAAGGUUUGUGGUACCUGGCCGAGCGGGAUGAAGAAAGUCCUUGUGAAAAUUUGAACAUUGAAGAAACGUAUGGUAUCAAACCACAGCAUACUCACAACUCCAGCAUCACGCUCACUUAAAAUACUGGAUAAUUAUUGCUAAAGACUAUCAAGUUAAGUUCUUUAGAAUUUGAGUUUAAAUAUUGUACGUGGAAAUAUUUCUGUGUGCAAUGGCAAGAUAAUAGAAAAUUUAAGCUUCUCCUUCAAGGAAAAUUAAAAAGACAUUGAACAAGCAAAUCGUUCUUCAGGGUUAGUGAAAAAGAAUUAUUGAAAAACAUUUCCACGUAGGUAAUAAUUGAUAAAAGAUUAAUAAAAGAAUACUUGCCUUGGUGUGAAUAUUUGCAAAAAGGUAAAGUGGAAUGAAGGGAAAUUAUGAAAUGUCAGUCUAGGAUGUUUGCCGUUUGUACUGAGACCGAAGAAAUCACAACGCGCGAUGAUCAUUCUGUCUAGUGUUUCCCAUGAAAUUAACCCAGGAUCAAAGUCUUACUUUUCACUUUUAAGCUGUGAAGAUUAAGCCCUGUGGAUUUUAGCUCAUGUGCACUAAUUAUAUAGCUUGGAGUAAACUGUAGAAUAUUAUUAACGAGACUAUUUUAUAUCAAUGAGAACUAUCUUUAUUUGAGUUCAAUUAAAUUUACGUUGAAGCUAUAAUUCCUUCAUGUAGAAGUUGGACACCUUGACACAAUGUUUGCCAAACCGAAAAUUUAGAGAGAUAAUUAUCAAUAAUCGUGUUUGUGUUAACAAUAAUCCGGCUUCAUUCACCAGAUGAUUCAAGUAGUAAAGAGGGAUUGGAUAUAUAGUAUUCGGAAAUUUUAAUAAAAGUUU